AGGGGGCUUAAGUGGGCUAAGCUUGUUUUUUCAAUACAUAAUUGGCGACCAAAAAGCGGCUCCAUCCGAAUUUACCCAAAAACCUGAGAAACUGAGAGUUUGAGAGGCAGCUGCCCGAAAUGGCUUACGCCAGCAUGUCGGAGGCGCGCAUUCGUCCACGCCAAGUGCUGGUGCUCAUCAUAGUCUUCCUUAUCGUGCUCAAGCUGGUCCACCACAAUGGAAAGCACACCUGCCAGGGCCCAGAGUACCUGCAGGCCAUGUACGCGCAGCAAGAGGCGGGCACAUUGCCCCACAUCUACGCCAUAACGCCGACGUAUGCGCGGCCAGCCCAAAAAGCGGAGUUGACCAGACUGUCGCACCUGUUCAUGCUGCUGCCAAACCUGCACUGGAUCAUUGUGGAGGAUUCUAACAGUACCACGCCGCUGGUGCGCAGUCUGCUGCAGCGGGCGGGGCUUGAGAAGCGCUCCACGCAACUGAACAUCAAGACGCCGCCCGAGUUCAAGCUGCAGGGUAAGGAUCCCAACUGGAUUAAGCCACGCGGAGUAGAGCAGCGCAACAUGGCCUUAGCUUGGCUGCGCACCCACGUGGAUGUAGAUCGACAUGCUAUUGUAUUCUUCAUGGAUGAUGACAACUCCUAUUCCACGGAGCUUUUCGCCGAGAUGACUAAGAUCAAGCCAGGCCACGUCGGCGUCUGGCCCGUUGGGCUGGUGGGAGGUCUCAUGGUGGAACGGCCCAUACUCAACGAGGACAAAACUCAGGUGGUGGGCUUCAACGCUGCAUGGCAACCGAAGCGCCCCUUCCCCAUCGACAUGGCCGCUUUCGCCAUCAGCAUGGAUCUAUUCAUUAAGAACCCGCAGGCCGUCUUCUCUUACGAGGUGCAGCGCGGCUACCAGGAGAGCGAAAUCCUGCGACACCUCACCACGAGACAACAGCUCCAGCCGCUCGCCAACUCCUGUCGGGACGUGCUCGUCUGGCACACGCGCACCGAGAAGACGAAGCUCACCUCUGAGGAUGCCCUUCAGCGCCAGGGAAAGCGCUCUGAUUCUGGCAUGGAGGUCUAGAGAAGAUCUUGCCUCCCCGAUUCGCCUGUACAUACUUGUCACGCAACUGUUCCUCGUCCCAUUACUUAAUGCCUCAACUUAGUGAAUUUACUGAACGUUUUUUUUGCCCAGAAUGUAUUAACAAGAGCUUUUCUUAUCUGUAUACUGGCAAGGUAUUCCCAACUUUGCUAUUGAACAUAACAUUGCAUCAAACUGCAACACAAGCAAAUCUGCGGCUACCUUGCUCGUCUGUAUAAUAUUAUAGUUGUAAAAUGCUCAAAUACAAUUUGUAACAUAUGUAUCUAAGAUUCUGUAACCGUAUUAUAUUCUGUUGUCGAUA